AUGGAUCCCGCUGACCGUCCAGAAGUGAUAAUUGACUCUUUGCCCUACAUUGAUCGAGAAAUUGAUUAUGGAGGUGUACGAGCAAAGGUCGAUAAACUUGUUGAACAAGAAAUGAGAAAGCGACCUACGGGGUCAAAACGUAAACCAAUUAUUGAGAUGGACACAAAUCGAUAUAAAUUACCAGAUCCAGAAGAUAAAACAGAUCUAGAAUCAUGGAAGAAAGCGGUGGAUAACUCGAAAUCUCAAUUAAACCAUCAAAAUUUAAGAUCAUAUAAUUUGGAAUUACUUCAAAAAUAUGGUGCGAACGCGUGGAGAGUUCAUAAUUUUCAGUUAGAACAUGAAUUGCAACAAUAUCAAAAAACUCUAGAAGAAUAUAAACAAAAUAUAUUAGAGCUUAAUAAACAGAGAAAAUCAGAACAGCUUCAAGCAGGAAAUCAAAUUGAAAAUUUGGAACUUAAAUGGACAGAAAUGAUUGGAAAAACUCUUCAAGUAGAAGUAGCUUGUGCAUCAUUGGAAACUGAGAUACAACAAUUAAAACAAUAUGAACAACAAUUAAUUACACAAUCAGAAGAAUCUUUAUGUUUAUCAAAAUCAAAAAAGGAUUCUGGAAUUGGAUUUGCGGAUGGUUCGUCUUCAGGAUCAUGA